GCGUAAGACCUUAACUAACUCUGACACUCUUUUAAUAUCGAACGUGGCGGUAAGUUGUUGUCUUCAAUCUCCUGUCUCCUUUCUUAAACAGAGAACACGAGUUUGGCUUUUCUCACAACACUGUCUUGUCUCGUUGUCAUCAUCAUUCAAACAAUGACUAUCAUAGAAGAACCCAUUCUUUCGAGACUAGAUCGUAUUGAUAUCGUGGUGAGGAAGCUAGAAGAGAUGAAAGGAAGCUCAGGGAGAAGCUCGAGCCCAUCUACUCCAUCGUCUAGUGGGACUAAGCCGUCGUCGUCACUGGAUCUGUCUUCGCCUAGGAGUACAUGGAAGGUUCGGUGCCGUUCGAUGGAGCAAGUGAUGGAAGAGACUGAGAGGAAAGGAAGUUUGCUAGAGAGACUAAACAAUGUGGAGGAGCAAGUUCUUAAGCUGUGUUUGCGGUUUGAUAAAGAAGCUGAAGAAGAGAGAAAAGAAGAGGAUAAGUCGAUGGAGAAGGAGAAGGUGAAGAAGAAGAAGGGGUUGAGAAAGUUGGUAGAUAAAGUAGUUGGAUCUUCUUCUCCGACCAAGAGCCAUUCCAAGAGCUGGCGUUGUUGAACCAUUUUUACUUUGAAUAAUUCAAGUAUUCAACAAGCUUUUCAUCUUUUAAUUUUCUUUGAAGAUUUUGGUUUUUAUUCUCUCUUAUUAGACUGUUUGUAACUGGAUUUUGAUGAUAUACUUC